CAGACUAAAGUUAGGUAUAAGCUAACGUCACUCCCUGCAGGGUAUGUAUCAGUAGCAUCACAAUUUACCAAUUUAUCUAAAUACAUAUAUGUAUAAAUACACAUUGAAAUUACAAGAGUAUAUACAUCGUGUAUGCUAAUGUAAACAAAAUGCUUUUAACCAAUUUUGACAGACAGACAAUUGACAAAAUGAGCAAUGGCCAAUGAAACAACAGCAACAAAAUUAAACUAAAAUCAAUGCUUGUAAUCAUAACUAACAUUUCAGAUAAAAAAAUAGUGACUGAUAGUCAAUUGGUAUGCUGAUGUUCAUAAUAUUUAUAGAACAUUUACAUAUGUUAGUAUCAGUGUUCCCAACAAGAGGGGGAUAUUCAACAAUGAUGUUGUCUAACGUCAGUACGCCUUAUCUACAUAUCAUAUAAGUACAUUACCUAAGUAGAAUGUAUGUAUGUAGGAAUAAAUAUAAGCACCGCUUCAUAAUUGCUUUAUCAAUCGAGACAGGUGGACAACUUGGCGGCGACAAAUGGACGAUCCUCCGCAGCACAUCGCACCGCGCGUUUGGUUGGUUAGGACUCUGUCCGCCUAAUGAAAGUGUGACACUUUCCGGAACCAACGUAAAUGCAUUUAAUACGCAAAAGCUUCUAAUGAAAGUGAGUUGGGAUUCACAGUAGUUUGCGUUUAUCAAAUUAAUUUAGCAAACAGUUGUGCCAGAGCAAUGAUGAUAAUAGCAGGUGGAUCCUUAAGCGACUAAAUUUGUAUUUAUUUAUUGGUGCAUAAAUGAAGUUUUAAUGGAUGAGCAUUUACAUUCAAGUGUAAGAACGUUACAAGAAUGAUCAACUACAGCAACAUUAAUUUCCCAGAGGAUCGCAUAUGGCUACGCAUACCCGACUGGGAGAUAGCAGUGAAAAUCAGCACAUUUGUACCUGUCAUCAUUUUUGGUUUGUAUGGAAAUUUUGUCUUACUCCAAUUGAUUGUGCUGAAUCGUGCGCUACGCACACCAACAAAUAUGCUAGUGGCUAAUAUGGCGGUAGCCGACAUGUUGACGCUACUGAUAUGUCCAGCAAUGUUUAUGAUAACUGAUUUUUACCAGAACUAUCAAUUGGGCUCGUUUGGUUGCAAGGCGGAAGGAUUCUUAGAUGUUUCUUUCCUCAUAACAGCCGUUUUAAAUCUAGCAGCUGUAAGUUAUGAUCGUCUAACAGCAAUUGUACUUCCGACGGAAACACGCUUAACAAUGCGAGGUGUGAAAUUUGUAAUUUCCUUCACAUGGUUGGGUGGAUUUUUAUUUGCUAUGCCAUUGGCCUUGUAUAGGACGUAUAAGGUACGGCAGUGGAAAAACUUUAAGGAAAUGUAUUGCAAGGAGAAUCCAGACAUUUUACCCAAAUAUUGGUAUGUGCUAAUUGCGGUGAUGGUAUGGUUACCGCUCAGCGUAAUGUUGAUCUGUUACACGGCGAUCUUCUUCAAGCUCGAUCGCUAUGAGAAGCGCGUGCUUAACCGCGAGCAUCCACUCAGCGUAUCUUACAAGAAAAAAGUGGCCAAAACUCUCUUCAUUGUCGUGCUCGUUUUCAUUGCGUUUCGUCUGCCCUUCACCUUAUUAGUUAUUUUGCGUGAUCAGUAUGUAACAAAUACGGAUACCGCUGUGAAUAGUAGCUUUCGCAUAUUUUGGUAUAUAUCACAGUUUCUAAUGUUUUUGAAUGCAGCCGUUAAUCCACUGAUCUAUGGUUUUAACAAUGACAACUUUAAACGCGCUUACGAUCAAACGCCAUUGUGUUGUUGUAAACGAAGGGGAAAUAAAUUGGAAUCCAACGUAAGUGACAUUAAAUUGUUUCAAAACCUUAGUUUGUAUCUAAUACUUAUUUUAAAUAUUUUGAAUUAUUUGUAUCACAAAGGCUGCUUGAGUCAUCUGAGCAAGUGGUUUAAUCAGAUCUGCUGUGCGGUUUGUUUUCAUAGUGAGAAACAGCUCUCUUUUGUUGAAGAUCAACAAGCACAGGGUGGAGAGGCAAUACGUAGUGGAGCAGUGGAGCCGCAUACGCUGACAAAAGAGAUGAAUUUAGAAAAUGCGAAAACAGCAUAUAACCGUUUUGACAAUGAAGGUUACCAUAAUAAAGUUAUGAGUGAAGGUUUCAUUUAACUUUUAAAUUUAAAAAUAUGUAUACACAUUUUUAAUAAAUGUUAUUGUUGUGUUA